CAUUUCCUUAAGGUUCAAUGUGAAUACAUCCCAUUUGGAUUACGCGGACAGUUUAAAAACAAAAAGCUUAUAAAUACCCUCGCCAUACACUUCUAUUGUGUCACCCAAAACAUCUCUAUCUUUUGCUUAAUUCCAUCAAUCUUUACUGAAAAUGUCAUCUCAGAUACUUGAUUCUUAUACAUCUGUCAAGUUCCAAUGGAAGCUUAACACCUUCUCGAAGCUAGGCCCUAAACAUGAGUCUGCUGUUUUCUCUGUGCGUAAUCUGAAAUGGAAAGUGGAAGUAUACCCGAAGGGAACCAGCAAAACAUAUGAUCAGUUAGCACUUUUCCUCGUCCCAGCUGACAAGAACAAAUUGCCUUAUGCAGAGUACAGUUUCGUUGUUACAAGUCAAACCAAUAGCGCAAACAACUUUAAAGGACCAGAAGGAAAACACAAAUUCACUCGUGAUUCUGCUACCGGACGGGGUUGGUCGUCAUUCAUGCCUCUUGCCCAACUCCAUGACCGCUCAAAGGGAUAUCUGCAACACGAUACUUGUAUUAUUGAAGUUAUGGUUACUUGUCGGACAAGCGAGGCGAGAGCUUAAUCUGUAUUGACGGUGAAUUUCAUUGGUGCUUGUUGCUUGUUCACUAUCAUUAUUGAAGCUUCUAUGUAAUGGAAUCAUGAAGUCUGCAUGUGUCUCUGUCAAGUGGUGUGCUGUUGUUAUUUGGAUUGCCUUCUUUGUGGGUUAUCAGAUGUUGUUGUUGUUCGUUUCUGAUAUGUUGAUUUGUGGGCUGUAUAGUGUUACCUUCUUUGUGACAUUUCUCACUUUAAUAAAUACAAGCCUGUAACCCGGUGCAUACGCACCGGAUAUUCGUCUCUUGGGGCAUGAUGUUUUUACUUCA